UGUAAUUUUAUACAUUUGACAUCUAAAAUGGGCCUUCCGAGCGCCACCUCAAUCCCACAUCACAUGGGGCGCUCGUUCCUCGAUGGCUCGUACAUUUUGUAGCUAGAGAAGCGGAAAGAGAUGGUUGUUCCUCUCCAGCAGCACAAGCCUCUUGUAUGUGACUAGAUGCGGAUUGCAACCGAACGCCAGGAACAGGAGACUGAUUCAACAAAGGAUUUCCAGAAGGCCUCAAUAGAAGAUCUGCAUUUUGGACAGACACAUUUUGGGUCAAAUCCGCCUCUUAAUUGACUGAAACCAGCUUGCUAGUGAAAUAACCUUAGCCACCACACCGCUUGCUAGCUUGAUGACUGUUCACAAAGCUAGUUAGCCAGCCAAAUGGAUGCUACGAAUGACUGACUUAGCAUCAGCGAGCUAGCUCUUGGACGAUUUCCUGUGUGAUUGUUCAGUUUUCCAUUUACAAAGAACUGAGCUCUGAAAUCACAGAUCGUGUAAUUUCUUGCAAGUGGCUUUAAAUAUUAAGGUUAACCAACCAAUUUGGCCAACCUAAGCCAUUUUGAUAUGUGUCGUUAACAACAAACGUUAGCUGAGCAACGUUACUAAUCAUAGCCAGAGCAAAAAGCGCAAAUAUUUUUUCCCAUUGUGGAGGCACUGUUUAUUAGUUGUUUCAAGGAAGAAUAACGUCACUCAGUUCGCGUCUAAAUUGGUGAACUGGACUUCAUUACAGAUCAAAGACAUUUUGGAUCAUCUCACAAAAUCUCCCCGUUUUUAAACAUAAAGAAAAGGACUGCAUCCUCAAGCUAAUUUGAUUUACUUUGCGAAGGAGUAGCCAUACCGCUAGAAACUGACAUGAUGUUUCCACAAUCCAGACACUCGCAGGCCUCCUCUCAGUCCGCCCAGACGCUCAAGUUCACCACCUCGGACUCCUGUGACCGCAUCAAGGAUGAGUUCCAGUUCCUGCAAGCACAGUACCACAGUUUGAAGCUGGAGUGCGAUAAGCUGGCCAGUGAGAAGUCGGAAAUGCAACGACACUACAUCAUGUACUAUGAGAUGUCCUACGGGCUCAACAUUGAGAUGCACAAACAGGCUGAGAUAGUGAAGAGGCUAAAUGGCAUCUGUGCUCAGGUGCUGCCCUACCUGUCACAAGAGCAUCAGCAGCAGGUGUUGGGUGCCAUCGAGAGGGCUAAGCAGGUGACCCCACCUGAGAUGAACUCCAUCAUCCGGGUAGGCAGCCAACAGAGUCAGCAGCUCCAGGCCCACCAGCUAUCCCAGCUGCAGGGUCUGGCCUUGCCCAUGACCCCGCUGCCCCUGGGCCUCACGCCCCCCAGCCUGCCCAGCGUCUCCACCAGCGGCGGCCUCUUCUCCCUCUCCAGCAUCCUGGCCUCCCAGGCCCACCUGGCCAAGGAAGAGAAGGCCGCCCGCGAACAGCCUGACAACCACCGCGACGAGGACGGAGACAAGUCCGACUAGAUGCCAGCGCCAGCGCCAGCAGGAGAAGGAUGAGGAGGG